AUGCCUAUGAUAAAGCUACAGAGUUCGGAUGGAAAAGUGUUUCAAGUCGACUUUGAGAUCGCCAAAGCUUCGGUGACCAUCAAAACUAUGGUGGAACACUUGGGCUUGGAAGAGAAAGACGAGAAGAUCGUACCGUUGCCUAAAGUGAAAGCUGGUAUAUUGAAGAAAGUCAUCCAGUGGGCAACCUACCACAAGGACGACCCACCACCGGCCGAAGACGACGAAGGACUUGAAAAGCGCACCGAUGAUAUAUGCAGUUGGGACAUGGAUUUCUUGAAGGUGGAUCAGUGUACGCUGUUUGAACUCAUAUUGGCCGCCAACUAUUUGGGAAUCAAAGGCUUGUUAAAUGUAACUUCCAAGACAAUCGCUAAUAUGAUCAAGGGUAAGACACCUGAGGAAAUAAGGACAAACUUCAGCAUCAAAAGUGAUUUUACGGCUGCAGAGGAGGAUAAAGUACGUAAAGAGAAUGAAUGGUGUGAAGAAAAGUAAUUAAUUUGUAUCUAAAAAUAUUCUGUGAUAGACUUUUUAUAAAUCACCAAUUGAUGUCAGUUUUCUGCCAAUUUAGAGUUUAUAGAAUUAGUAAUAUUAAAUAUGUACAAAAAAAUUAGUAAACUAAUAA